AUGCAUCUUGCUCCUUGGUCAGGAGCCAAGUCAAUAAAACUCCUGGUUCUCAAUGGAAGUCAGAAGUUCAUCAAAAUUGGCCAGGAGCACACAAAUCGAGUUGCUCGAAAAAUCUGUCUUCCUCAGGCCUGGCUGGCCCCGUGGAACGUCAUGAGAACCAGCAAAACACCCUUUCCAACUCCGACUGUCAGCCAAUCCUCCCGUGGGCAGGUCUGGCCAGCACAACGCACACGAGCCCACGUCCAGGUGGAUGAUUUCAACGAGCUCCACGGGGGAAAACCAGCAGCUGUGGUGGGAAGGGGCAAGAGAGGCAGGCAGGCCGGCCCAGGAGGCGCGGGGACUUGGGGCAGGCUGGUCGGCCUCCCAAGUCACCGAACGUGGUCAGAGCCAGCAGCAAGAGAGACAGGAGUGCGCAGGAGGGAGGUAGUGGGGUGGGGGGAAGACACCCUGCAUCCGGAAGAGCCUUCUGGCCACCGGGAACUGCUUUCUGGAUUCUCCAAGUGUGGUCUGCAGGGGCCGGCAGAGAAAGCAUCACCUGGGGACCUACCACAGCUGGACUGGACUGGAAUUCUGGGUUCCAGCGGGCUCACGAGUCUGAGAACCACUGGCCAGGCGGCAGAGCACUCAGGCUGCCUGGGUCCCAAGCCCUCUCUGUGGCCCCGGACAGUCACUCAGCCUCCCUGA